AUAUGUAUAUAUAUAUACAUUUAAUCCAAACAUGAGAAAAAUUUUAUCCUUUUUUACAUUUUUUUUCUUACGCUCUGGUAGUGUGAGUAAAAUAUAUUAAAACAUAAAACGUAUACUUUGUCUUAACAGAGGUAUACAUAGAAGAAUGUAAAAGUAUUUAGUGUAAUUAAAUAAUUUUUAUUUCUUUCUUUCAUUAUAUAAUGCUAAAUUAAUCCUUCGCACUCUUUACAAUUCCUUUACAAAAUGCCUAACUUUUAGUUAUAUUUAGUCCAAUUUAUAAGAGAUUUAUAAAAAAAACGCGAUGUUAACAAAAAAAAAAAAAAAAAAAAAAAAAAACUAUUCAUAUCUUUUCUUUGAAUAAUAGCAGACAAAAAAUAUGCAUACAUAUUACAAAAAAAAACUUAUUGUUAUAACAGAAAUAUCACAGUGUAUAAGAUUUCACUCUCCUCUGUCUAUUUAAUAUAAUAGUAAAUACAUAUAUCAUGUAUAUAUUAAAAAUAAAUACUGUAUAAAAUAUGGAUGUAGUGUCCUUGGUAAAAGUCAGUAAAGGAGAGCAUAAAUUUCCAAAUCUUUAGAAUUGUUUGCAUUAUUAAUAUUUCUGCUUAUGUACAAUAUUAUAUGGUUGUAAUGAUUAAUAGAUAAUCAUUUGUGCAACUAAUAUGUACAUAAACAAGGGUUAUAUGAUAAAAUGCCAUUAUGUGUGUUCAAUAAUGGAUGUCUAAAUCUUAUGACUUGUUAAGAACUAUUUUCUUAUUCAAGAUAUAUUUAUAAUCGAUUGAAACCAAUUUUGAUCAUAAUCUGUUUUAAAUAGUUACUAUUCUGACGAUAUAAAAUUAUUGAUUUUAUACAAUAUUCAUUCUAUAAUGUAAUACGAGCCUAAAAAUGAUAUUAGAAAUGUUUAAGCGGAUAUUCUAAACUUAAGGACGAAUAUAAUUUACGCAUCUAUUCUACGACUUCUUGUUUAUUGUUUAAUCGAUCAUAAAAAUUUAUAAGCUUUUUUUAUUUUAACGUAUACUGAAAUUUAUAUAUUACAAUAUUCUUUAUAACUAUCUAUAAAAGCAUACGUAUUUUUUAUUACUGAUAUUUACUUUAUAAUUUCGUACUAUGAAUAAUAUAAAUUGGUUCUACAAAUGCAAGGUACAUCAUUUCAAAUUGUGAUAUAUAGUUGUCUAGUAAUUAUUAUUUUUUUUUGCAUGUUAUUAUGUUAAAAGAAAAACUAUAUAUAUAUACAUAUAUAUAUAUAUAUGUUAUUGUCAUUACUCAUGAUUAAUAUUUUAUAUUGUAUAACAGAUUAUUUGACAUAUAGAUCUACAAUCAUAGUGCAUUAAUUAAAUAUUAAUUAUAAAAUAUGAAUACACAUACAAGCAAUUUCGCAUAAAAUUCACAUUUAGAUUUAUACUUCCGAAUAUAGAUUUAAGGCAUUGUGGUAAUAUUGUGUCGCUGAAGAUGAUGUAUUUCUUUUUGUAAAAAACAAAUCUGUAAACAAUAUUUGUACAAACUUUCAAUCAUUUUUUCAAGUUACUUAUGAAAUUUUUCAAUGAAAUUUGGAGUUACGAAUAAUCUAACAAACCUUUUUAAUUGUAUCAUUUAAAGACUUUUGUUUGGAACUUGGUGUCAUGCUUGUAAUUCCAUCUGUAUUUAUUGUAGCUAAUGAGUCCAAUAAUUCUAUAAUCUUUUUAUUUAUGUUACUGUAAAAAUACGAUCAUAUUUAUAACUUUUGAGAAAUACAACUUACAAAAUUAUUUUAUAUCGUCAUUAUACUUACGUAGGCGAUACAAAUAUUGCUUUGUUUCUUCUUUGCAAAUUCGUUUUAUCAUUCUAAAAGAUGAUCGUUUAUUAUAAUUUUCUAUCGCAAUGUAAUGAGUAAUUUUAUUAAAAUAUCUUACCAAUUUGUUUUCUGCUUUAGAUAUAUAUAAGUCGUCAACGUUAUCGAUAGCAAAUGGAAUGUCAUCUAACAAACAUAUGAAUUAAUUAUAUUUAAAUAUUUUAUCUUCAACUAAAUGCACGCAUUUUUAUCGUUAUACCUUCUCUUCUUUUUGUAGCUUUUUCCAUACUUUUAGAGAAACUGCUUUUAUCAUCUCUCCACUCUUGUAGAGCUACUUUAUUUCUAUAUAUAAAAUAUGAACAAUAGAGAAACAAUUAUUAUUAAUAUCAAUAUAUAGAACUAACAAUUGGUCUAUUUAAAAGUAGAAGAAUAUAUACAAUAUUAAAAUAUUUAUUGGUGCUACUAUAUAAUUAAAAAUGAAUGACAAACAAUAAUGUACUUUGUAAUUGUAAAAAUAGAUAAGUAUCAAUUUUAAAUAGGCUAUGAAAUACAUUAGAAAUUCAUAUAGACGACUACUUACUUCAUUUUUUGAAGUACAUAAGCUUCUUUAUUCAACAUUUCUGUAAUUUCAUCAAUCCAUGAAAGUUGAUUUUGUUUGACAAGAUUUGUUCCUUUACUCUUACACCUACAGAACCAUGCAUGUUAUAAUUAAUUUUAAUAUUAUAUUUAUGUUAACUGAUCAUUAUCUAUAUAAUUAAAAUAAUUAAUUAAUUAGAUAAAUUCAUACUUAUAUUAUUAUACCUGUUACUUGGUUUAUAAGCUUUCCUUUUCUCUGUCAUAGACAUCUUAUUAAAUUUAUUUGAUAUAUCACUGCAACUAUAGCAAUUAACAACUUUUAAAAUGUUCGAUUUUUUUUUAUUAAUUGUCUCAUUAGUAAGAACUGUUAACGAUUUAGGCUUUGCUUCUGUUUAAGACAAUAAAACAGGAUUUAUAUAUUAGAAUCUUGGUUCUACUUGCAAUGCAUAUGCAAGGAUUACAUUCUUCUUACCCUUCACAGGUAUUAUUCCAACUUCAUCUGGGUGUAAUCUAUUCCAUUCACUUUUUAAGAAACUUAAGAUAUUAGAACAUCCAAGUGCUACGAUAUUUGCCGGUGGCAUAGUAAGAGGAUUACGCGCUACUUGUAAAUUUUUUAAUUUUGGUACCAUGCCUACAAAUUUAAACAAUGAAUGAAAUAUAUAAAUAUAUGUUUCAUAUGCAAAAAUGAACAGCAUUUAAAUUGCAAGUAAACUUCGAUAUGCAUAAUUAGGUAAUUGGUCUUUUAUAUUGCAUACUUACAUAGUUCUAAUGGUAAAACCUGAAUUUUGUUUCCUUGUAACAAUAGUGUAUGUAAAGAUGAAUGAGAUUUUAUACUUUUUGGCAAAAUUUUCAAUUGAUUAUUCCGUACAUCUAGCCAUUCAAGAUUUUGUAAAGAAGGAAAGAUCUCUUCAGGAAUUUCUGAUAGGGCAUUAUUUUCUAAGUAAAGCAUCUAUAAGUAAUCCAUAUAUAUAUAUAUAUAGUAGUACAAUUUGAUAUAACAUAUUAAAAAAGGUGAAACUAACUUUAGCAUAUACAGUACCCGUAUCCUUGAAAAAUGUUGCAUUAUAUUAUUUGGAAAUACUGUAAGUUUUGCAUUUGACAAAUCCACAAAUGUUGAAUUAUAAAUUGACAUUUUAUUAGGAACAGGUAGUAAAUCUAUAUAUUCUUUCUUUGAGUGCUGAGGUGUAUCUUGUGUUAUUACUGAAGAAAUGUCAGAUAUAGUAUCUAAAUCUUCUGCGAGUAUAGGACACAACUCGUUAAUACAUAAUUCUUCAGGAUCUUGAAGAUAUGUAAAAAAAAGAAAAUUAAGAUAAAUGAACUAUUUUAAAUACAAGGAAUAAAACUUUGUCUGAUCUUGUAUAAUUUCUUCCUAAUUAUUUACCAUAAGAUACAUAGGACGUAUUAGGAUUGUUUUCAUGUAGAUCAGUCUUCAAAGUUAUUUCAUUGUUUAAAAUAUAAGCAAAAUGGGAUUUCAGUACAUGUGAUUCAGAAGUUAUACUUCCAUCCUCUUUUUCUUCCUCUUUAUCCAAUCCACAAAAAUUAUGUGUAGAUAAAUCAAUUGACUCCUCCUCAUUAUGAUUCUUCUCACUUUGCUAUAAUAAAUAAUUUUUGUGUUAACGUAUGCAUAUGCAUUUCUAUUACAAGCGUAAUAACUACAAUUGUUAUAUAAAAAGUGCAGAUAAUAUAAUUGGAUGUAUGAUUUAUGUAUGAAUUUUUGUAUUUUCAUUAAAGGUUUAAAUUAAAGCAAAAUUUAUGAGGACAAAAUAAUUAGAGUGAUCAAAGGAAGAAUACCACAUCUUUCGUUACAAUUUCUUCCGUUUCAUUUAAGAUCAUUUGUUCGUCAAUAUUUUCCUUUUCAUAAUCGUUUCUAUUAUUAACAACACAUUUGUGAAUUGACAAAGAUCUAUCAUUAUUAGAUUCAUUAUGAAAUCCAUAAUAUUGUUCAAGAAGUUCUCGCGUUAUAUUGAUCAUUGGAAUAUAUAAAAACCUGAAUAGAUAUGGUUUAAAAUAUUUAUCGUAUAAUUUUUUAAUUUAUUGAACAGAAUCAAUAACGUUCGAACAUAAGUGUUGAUUUAGAUGAUUCUUUAAUUUUCUUAAUACAAUGCGUUUCUAUGGAAACAAAAGCGAUGUUUGAAAAUGGAUAUCGUUCCGCAAUAUACAUUCAUUCCACUUGCAUAUAAGAAUUAUUUUAAUAUAAAUGAUAAAGAAACGCAAAAUUUAUUUAACAAAUGGGGAUUAAAGGGAAAUAUCGUUCUUCAACAUUUUUCUUUCAAUGAACCUUUUCAUUUAUAUCAUAAAUACCAAUUUGCUGAGGCCUUUUUUAAAAGCAGCAUUGUUGCCGAAAACUUGUUAACAAAAAGAGGAAGCUCGUGGACAAAACAAGGAAUCAUUGCAUCAACUGUGGAUGUGCAACAAAUACCAUGUUCUGUUAUAAAUAUGUCUUUUUUUAAUAAAUUGGAAAAUCCAGAUAAUGGAAUAAUAAAUAGUUCUGGUGUCAUUCGCAAAAGAUAUGAUAGUGAAAUUAAUGAUUUCCUUAUUUCUGACAAGUUAAGAGAGAUGUUAUUAGAUGAAGAGUCAACCCAAUAUGAUUUAUAUACAGAAGAUGAAAGAAAAGAAUUUAUCUUUUGCAUUUUCCAAAUGUUGGUUCUUGGAGGAAUUUUAUGCCAAUAUGAAGACACUUUGAAACCAUAUCUUGAUACGACAAAACGAAUUUAUAAAGAUCUUAUAAGAGUACAAAAACGAAAAUAUUUGGAUGAUUUAUGUGUCAGUACAACAGUUUUAAAAGUUACAGCAAAAGAUAAUAAAAAUCAAGCAUACUUUCCGAGUAAUAAUCCUUUUAAUAUACAGAAUGUUGGAUUUCUAUUGAUUGAUGGAAAUCUACGUGAAAUAACAACAUUUCUACAUCAGUUUGGAGGAUAUUGCGAUUGAUAUUACUUAUAAUUUUUUUAUAAGAAAAGAUAAAGGGAAAAAGAUAAAAUUUUUAAUUAUCCAUUUAUCUCAUAAUUGUUUAUCAAAUACGUACAUAUAUUCUUAGUUAGCCCUUUUGUUCUUAUUAUAUACUACAAACUGUAAUAUAGAAUUAUAAUCAUUUACGCGAGUAAAAAUAAUAAUCAUUUACGAAUUUACAAUCGCUUAAUUCCAAAUUAACGAUAAAUUUAUUAAAAUUAGUUAUGAUUUUAAAUAAAUAAAUAAAUAAAUAUGAAUAAAGGAAGUCAUAUUACAUUAGAUAUGGCAUUAUCGUUUUCUUUA